AUAGGUGAGACAUUGAGAUCCGCAUUCAGUCAAGAAUAAUAACAAUUUGGAGAUAGACCGGACGGGACGUUAACGAGAAUGUUAAGAAAAUUUGCUAUAACUGUGGCUGUGAUAGUGAACCUGUCAAAUGGAUAUAAGAUCUCAGCACCUGGUGCCGUGAGUGGGAGCUUUAGUGGAUCGUCAGCAUCGUCAUCGGCAUCAGCAUACAGCAGUUCCAGUUCCAGUUCCUUUAGCGGAUCCUUUAACGGGGACCUGAAUGGAAAUGAAGUGAACAAUUUACUGGGUAAUCUAAAGAGUGGCAAUGCCGGAUUUGUUUCAGCGGGUGCUUCCGCGCAAGCAGCUGCUAAUUCAGCCGCCGAAGUAAGCACAGUAUCUGAUUCCGGGGUACAUACAGGUUCAUCUGGAUGUUCUAAUGGGAAUAGCGGGUGUACUGGAAAAUCGACUCUUAGUGGGGGAGGAACUCUUACCCAUACAAACUAUGUAAUAGACGACCAAGUAAAAACCAAUGGCGGUCUGGCCAGUGGCAACAGCAAAAACGCUGCGAGUUACUCAGCAGGCAGUUGUUUGGGAUGCCGAGGACCAUUUCCCGGUCCUAGUGGUAGCAUUCACGACUAUAAACUUGCCACUCCCUCACACAGCACGGCUACAGUGCAAGUACCGUCAGUUGUCCCAGCUGUGAACCCAAUUUCAACCAGCAACAUUUACUCGAGCAAGCCAGCUAAUGCUGCUACUCCAAUUCAUUCGGUGACUUAUGGAGAAGGACCCGGAUACCAUGGUUCUGUGGGCACCAAUAAAGAUUUCAUUCAGACUUUGCCGGGAUCUGCUGGAAGUAUAUAUUCGAGCAAACCUGUCAGUCAUAUAGUGGAAAGUGGUUCGGCUUACAAUACGGUACAAAAUUAUGCGCCGUCAUAUAGCGGCAACGUUGGUACACCUUCCAUACCGAUAGUUGGACCCGCGUGCAGUUAUAGACCAGGAUCGCCCCAUAAAGAAUGCGGUCCGUUGGGAAAUAUUGGUAGCUCUAACGUGGCAGUUUCCGCAUCAGUCCCAGGCACUUUUCCCGGCCCCACUGGAAGCAUUCACGACAGUAAACCGGCACAUUUGACACCGUUGCAACACGGCCACGUGACUGGAAAUAUCCACAAUGUUCAUGUCGAUUCAGCAGCUGCCGCAGAGGCCGCAUCUCAAACCGGUGGCGCAGUUUUAGGGCAUCAUACCCCUGUGGUUGAAUCUACUCCCGGAAUAUACUAUAUUAUCAAAGAAAAAGCGCCAGUCAUUUCUCAUGAUUUGCAAGCACCGUAUGCCCAUUCGCCAAGUAUUUCCGCUCAAGUACCGUGUAGUACUAUCGGGUGCCAGAACAUUCAAUUCAACUGCAAUGGGGCCGAGUGCGGAAAUACGGAAAACACUCCAGAGAUACUUCUGGGACCUGGAACGGGACAUUUACCUAUAGAAAAACCAAGUACAUCAUUGGAAAGUCAGGGUUCCUAUGGAAGCUCGACGACCGCAUCUAAAGAGGGGCCGUUAACAUCGGAAAAGUUUCCAGGACCGACUGGAAGCAUCCAUUCCAGCAAACCGAUCCACAACGUAGUAGGUGGUGCGAGUAGCGUAGCACAAGCCGGAGCUCAAGCUGGAGCCGUAAGCUAUUCGGAAUCUGGUUUGGAUCGUUUUUCAGGUAAAUUCCCGGGACCUGUUGGAACAAUUUACGAUAGUAAACCGAUUCCUAAUGUAGUUGGAGAAGGAGGAGCUUUGGUAAGCGGUCAUGUUGCUGCUCCAAGUCAUACGGAAACAGGCAAAUUUCCAGGCCCUAUUGGAAGCAUCCACGAUAGUAAACCGAUCCAGAAUGUGGUCGAGGUGGGGGGAGGGGCAGGAGUUAAUGCUGGUUCUGCUGCAAUUUCAGGAACCUAUUCUACAUUGACGCCGGUUAAGUACCCAACGUCUCACUUCCCAGGCGGAAGCGGAAGCAUUCACGAGAGCAAACCAGCUUCGAAUGCCGCCGAAGGUUCAGCUUAUUCUGGAAGCGCUCUAUCUACCCAAGAUAAAAUAGUAUUCGAUUACCCACUAAGUGGUAGCGGUAUCCCGUGCUUUUCGGGUUCGUGUGGUGGAUCCGAUUCCGGAUAUGCAACCGGCCAAGUUACUAUACAGAAAAACGAUGGAUCCCUUGUGUCAGGAGAGGACGAUUACAAGCUCGCUGGGUAUAUCGGUUGUACCGGAAUUUCGUGCAACAAUGCGGGACAAAAGUUAAGUCCGUUCGGUUUAAACAAAAAUGGUGCUCCUUUGUUAUCGGCUGACGUCGAUUUAGGCGGCUAUGUUGGCUGUACGGGAAGCUCUUGCAAAAAUGCCGGACAAAAAUCUGGCUGUUUGGGAGCUUGCACAAUGGAUGGCGGUGCAUCCAGUAAUAAUGGUGCCUCCGAAUCCGGUCCUGGUCUAGUAUCGGGAAAUAAAUCCGACUGCUCAGGAGGAUCUUGUUUUGGAGCAAACCAAGCAUCUGGUCAAGAUAUUUUUGAGGUAGAUUCGAAAAACAACCAACAUUUAUUAUCUGAUUCCAUUGCUGGAUCGUAUUCGGGAACACAGUCCGGAACCGAGCAGGUAAAACAUGGAUUUGCUAGUAGCAAUUCGUUCGCUUCGGCUGGAAGUGCGUCUGGAUUCGGGGGAACCCCACAUUUUGGUACAGGCAGUGCGGCCCAUGCUGGUAGUGCGGCUCAUUCUGGUAGCGCCGCCUAUUCCAAAGCCGGUGCGUUUUCAGGCAGCUCAGCAGGGUCGUAUUCAAGCGCCAGCGCCCACGCUAGUUCAUUCGCCAGUGCUUAUUAGUCUUUCCAUGCUGCAUCCCUGCAUUUAUUUUCGCAUAUGGAAUUGCCAAAAAUUGUGAUUUUUUUAUAUAAAUAUAGACUAAGUU